AAAUGCCACCAUAAUGUAGACCAUAUUCACCGUAAUAGGAGGAUAUUACUAAAAUACCAUCACCCCGCGUUCUCAUCUUUCUCAGUUGUGAUUUGCGAGUCGCGAGCUUCCCUCUUCCUCUCUUUCCGGCGUUCCCUCGUAGUCUCUCAGUAGAAAGCAACAUCAAUGGAUUCACAGGGCCAGACAACUUCAUUGCAACGACUUGAGAAUGUGGAAAAGAGAAUUGUGAAGGUUUUGGAGCUUGCAGGAGGAGUGAUGGACGAGCUUGCAAGCCCAGUUGGUCCUAGAAAAGAUCUUGUCCAAAAUCACUGUCUUGAAUUCAUGCAAUUAAUUAAGGACAUCCAAGUGGCGUUGCGUGAUGAAAUCAAAAGUGCUUGUGAAUAUCGUCCAUUUGAAAAGUGUGAUUAUGGCCCAAGAAUAGCAAAUGAGAUAUGUUUCAAAAAGGUGGAAUAUGUCAUGUCACAAUUGGAGGCAAUGAAACAAACUAUAGAUGAGCAUAAUGCAGCAGCCUGAAAAUUUUGCUCCUUAAAUUAUCCUAUUAAGCUGUUGAUUUUGAAAAUUCAAUCAGUAAUUUAGAGUUUUUGCAGCGCUGCAAGCGACUCAAGUUGCCCUCAACAAGGAGAGCGACUUAUUUAUGUAUUUAUUUGCAUUGUACACUAAACAUGUAAAAGACAGAUUAUGAAGCACUGGAUUUAGUAUUCAUGAUUAGUCACAUACUCAAAUAAAUAUUCUUAGCUAUCUAUGUUUAAGAUUAAAGACA